CGGCUAUCUCAGGCCAGGCCUUGGGAGAUUCAUGGGCCCCAACACCCAAGGGGGGCAGCCUGGCUGCAACUGUAAUGUGUGCACCCCUGCUGAACCACCCCCUGUGAAGGACCGUCCUUGUACACUGCUUGGAGUGUGAUUUAAUUGAGUGUGUCGCUAUGGACUGAUGCAAAUGGACACUAACAGCUCGGACAGAGUUUGGAACUGCCCAGCUCUGCAUCGGGCCAACAGA